AUGGCUCCUUCAGAGUACUCUAUCAGACUACAGAAGGGUAUCACAGGAGGUUUCGCACCCCCUACCCCAUCCGCGAUCUUGCAACUGGUCAAGAGCGCUGGGGAUUCGAAUAUCAUCAUCAGCGAAGCUGUCCGACCAGAUGGCCAGCCGGGAUUGCAACAGCAACCCGAGAAAACCCUUGACGCGUCAGACGGAGAGGCAGAGAGUCUUGUAACUGAGCUUUAUGAGAUUCUGAAAGACUUGCCAUUGGAGAUUCCGCCGGGGUCGGAGGAUAUCUAUCGAAUGGACACUUCUAUUGCCUGGGGCAGUGAGGAUCUGGUAUGGCAUAAUGGUGGGCCGCAGGGAUGUGUGCGAGCCACGAGCGAUGUACAGCCUUCUGAGACGGAGCGGGCCGGGUUCAGGAGGGCUGUCGAUAUAGUGUGGGAGUUGGUGGGUAUGGCGAACCCCUAG